AAAGGGGAGGCGGAAUUGCGGACCUCCCCUCUGAUUUCAAGGAGAAGCCUCCCACCGGCACGGCGGCACCGUUUCCUCUCUGCGGCAGCAACUCCUCCCAUCCAUCCCUCGUCCAUCCUGGCUCAGGCGCGAGAGGGUGGAGAUGAGGAGGAAGGCGCUCGCACGGGGCUUCUCCGGCGACGGCGUCCUCCGCCGCAGCCGCCCGCUCCCAGCGCGCCGCCCGCCACCGAAGGGGACAAUAGCACGAGCAAGAAUAAGAAAGGCGAGAUCGGCAGGACCAUCCGAGACAGGUUAUGGUCUUUCUCUUUCCCCAGAAGCCGCCUCUCCUGCUGGACGAGCCAGAGCCACCCGAUCCGGCGGAGCAGGAGGGGGAGCGGCACGGCCGGCGACGAACAUGGCACGCCGGUGAACGUGCCGGUGACGGCCAAGGCAAUCAGGCCCCCCUCAAGGAAGGUGGUCGCGGCAGGGACCAGAUCCCUGAUCGAACGCAACGAUUUCUACAGCCAAGAAUGCAACACGCACAAGUAGGGAGCCUGUUUUUUUCUCUUCUCGGAUGCUAUCCCUGUUUUGGGUGUGAUACUAAAAUUGUAGGACGAGGCAUUGCCCCCUUUGGGACGUAUACGAGUUUCCCCGGGUAAUAUACGUACCAACUCGAAGCUUUGUACUAGUACAAAAUUGUGCAAGUUGAUGAGUUUUCAUGAGUUCCAAACCAUGAAACCAUAGCCAGAAUCCAUGCCGUGUUGCUUGUA